CAGGAACAAGAAGUGGUGAGAAGAUCUUCACGAUGUUUACCUGUUUCGAGGUAUUAAAUACCAAUCAUAUUUUGCCACGUGUUGACGAAGGGGUAUCAAAUUAGCAUAUUAAUUGGUACGAGUUUGAGCUAUAUAUAUAUACAGUCUUAGCUUGUAGAUUCUAAUUGAGAAAUAUGUUGUAAAUUUAUUUAAUUUUAAUGAGACUAAAUUAUGAAUUUUAAUAACAUAGAAAUUUUGUUAACUCGGUAGUUUUAAACAGAAUUAAUAAUAAAAUAACAAAGAUUAACAACAACUUGCUUCUCUUAGUCAACUUCAAUGACUUAUCAACCUGAUCAGGUAGAAAAAAAAAAAAAGAGCCCCUUAAAGAUGAAAUCUGUAUGUGCGGUCAAGAUGUCAAUCCAAACAUGGGCAUUGCUUUAAUGGCGCUGGGGCUUCCCUUAGAGGAUUAAAUCUAAUGGAAAUGAAGGAAGGUAGCCGGUCCAUGGGAACUUAGCAAUCUAGUUGUCAACUCUUUUUGUAUUUAGUUUGAUCCUUCUAUAGAAGGGAGGAGCUACCUCCCUUUUCUCCCUUUUUCUACCUUGAAUCCAGGAGAUAUUUCUGCGCCAUAAAUAUAGGUCUCGUUGGAAGAUCUCCCACUGAAAAGUUUGCAAGGAAGUCCAACCAAUAUCCAUAUAUAACCCUCAGCCUCAGAAUAUUUGAAGCUUUUUGGUAUACAAGUUUUGAUUUCAAUCAUUUUCAAGAUACCCAUUAAGGAAAUUCUUGGUUUCUUGAUGGGAUUCUUCUCUUUAUCGUCAAACCCGUAUUAGAAAUCUCCAUUUUUUCUUUUUUAUUUUUCUACUCUGGUGUCCUCAAUCCAUUUACAUGACAACCCAUUGAAAAAAGAACCAAGAAAUAUUGACCACAUUCUUGGGUACUUGAGCUGCAGUUCCUCAUUGUUCAAGAACGAAAAAAUUCCACAAGAUUUGAUCUGUAAACUGGAAGGUUGCAAUUGAUUUCUUAUAGAAAGGUAUAUAAUGGUUGAAAAUGGAAAUCUUGAAGCCUCUGGUACUGAGGUUUUGGAGGAGGGAAAUGAGCAUAGAAGAAGAGGGUUCUUUGAUUUCGUCUGUGCCCCGGUUUGCUGGUUCAAGAUGCUCGCCAAGGAAACGCAUUGGAGUUUUGUGUUUGGUGUGGUUGUGAUUUAUGGAAUAAGCCAGGGAUUGGGCGGAGCUUUAUGUCGUGUUGGCACAUCUUACUACAUGAAGGAUGUACAAAAGUUGCAACCCUCUGAAUCACAAAUCUACGGAGGAAUCACUUCCAUUCCAUGGAUUGUCAAGCCUCUUUGGGGUCUUCUUACUGAUGUUCUCCCCAUUUGGGGGUACAGAAGACGGCCUUAUUUCAUCUUAGCUGGGUUACUUGGUGUUGUUUCCAUGCUGGUUAUAUCAUUGCAUAGUAAGCUGCUUCUUGCAUUAGCUGUGAUGUCAUUGACUGCCAGUAGUGCUGGGGUAGCAAUUGCGGAUGUGACAAUAGACGCUUGCGUGGCGCAGAAUAGUAUAAACGCACCUUCUCUUGCACCUGACAUGCAAAGCUUGUGUGCUUUCUGCUCCUCAAUUGGAGCUUUAGUGGGAUUCUUUCUCAGUGGAAUCUUUCUGCACUGGAUUGGCCCUAUGGGGGUGUUUGGCUUGCUGACAAUCCCAGCUGGACUUAUACUUUCUGUUGGCAUUCUGCUUCAUGAGUCUGACUACAUGCCUGAUUUUGCUUACAAGCAGGUGAGCCAGAAAUUUAUUGAUGCCACCAGAGCCAUGUGGACAACAUUGAAAUGCUGUGAUGUGUGGAGACCAUGUUUAUACAUGUAUAUGUCCCUUGCAUUGAGUUUUAACAUUCAUGAAGGAUUGUUUUAUUGGUAUACAGAUGCAAAAGGUGGCCCUUCUUUCUCCCAGGAGACUGUUGGUUUUAUAUUCUCAAUUGGUUCAUUUGGCUCCCUUUUAGGGGCAAUUCUAUACCAAAAUGCUCUGAAAGAUCACCCUUUUCGUGACUUGCUUUUGUGGACCCAGUUGCUUCAUGGUUUGUCAGGAAUGUUAGAUCUGAUUCUUGUGCUGAGAUUAAACCUGAAAUUCGGCAUACCAGAUUAUUUUUUCAUCGUGAUUGAUCAAAGUAUGUCCCAGAUGAUAGGGAGGCUGAAAUGGAUGCCUCUUCUUGUUUUGAGUACAAAGCUUUGUCCCUCAGGUAUUGAAGGCACUUUCUUUGCUUUGCUCAUGUCAAUUGAUAACACUGGAGUGCUUUCAUCCUCGUGGGGAGGAGGUUUCCUACUUCAUGUACUGAAUGUAACUAGGACAAAAUUUGAUAACCUCUGGCUUGCCAUAUUGAUCCGAAACAUACUGAGAGUCUCUCCACUCUGUCUUCUGUUUUUGAUACCCAAAGGAGAUCCCAAUUCCUUCGUUCUUCCUCCUGAAAUUUUGAAUGCAAAAGAGGAUACCGCUACUGCAGGAACUGAGAAUUUGGAAUUAGUCUCCCUUGUUAACAAUGUCGAUGGUAGAUAGCCCAAACAAGCAUAAUUAACAUCAGAUCAAAUUUAUUUGAGAUUUCCUAGAGAAAAUAUGUCUGGAGCAGGGAAACCUUACCACGUUGAGAUUGCAUUGACUUUUUCUCAUUAGCUUUAAGAUUGUUCCUAUUAAGGAAAAUUCUAUACAAAAAAUUUCUCAAACCCAGAUCACUUUUUGUUAGUUCCCAUCUUCGUCCUGCAAAUUCUCGGACAAUGAGGUUCAUUGGAGAAUGCGGGAGCAGAAGAGAAAUUUUUCUAGUAUUGUGCACAAGUUACAGUCAUCCAUUAGCCAUACUAGUGACUGAGGCUUCUGGUACAAGUGAUAUCCAUGCUGUAUUCUGCUGUGAUAUGUGUUUUCUGAGACCAUACCCUCUAUGGUAUUACCUAAAGAAGCAUAUUUGUGUAUUAUACCAUCUGUAAUGUAUCCAGUUGAGUGAGUAGUAAAACUACUAUUCCCAGAUCAGGAAAUGUUGUGCACUACUCGCA